UCCAACCCACUCCUCAUCCCCACAUUUCCUAAGUCAAGGUCUCCCAAGAGGAGUCAGCAGAGCCUGGCACACUGAGCUGAGGCAGGCCCAAGCCCCUCCCCCCUGCACCGAGGCUGUGCAAGGUGUCACACCCUAGGUACUGGGCUCCAAAAAGCAUGCCCAUGCACCAGUGAUGAAUCCCAAUCCCUCUGCCUGGGGGCCCCCCAAACAGUUCAAGCUAAACAACUGUCUCCUAUAUCCAGAGGGUCUAGUCUAGUCCUAUGGAGGCUCCAUAACUAUUAGUCCACAGUUCAUGGGUUUCUACUAGUGUGGCUGGUCAUCUCUGCACAUUUUCCCAUCAUGAUCUCAACGUCCUCUACCCACAGAAUCCCUCCUCUCUCUCAUUGAUUGGAUUCCCAGAGCUUAGCCUGUUGCCCGGCCUUGGAUCUCUGUAUCUGCUCCCAUCAGUCACUGGAUGAAGGCUCUAUGAUGACAGUUAUGGUAUUCACUAGUCUGGUCACUAGAGUAGACCAGCCCAGGCACCUUCUCUACCAAUGCCAGUAUUCCAAGGUGGGGUCAUCCUUGUGGAUUCCUGAGAACUUCCUAGGCACCCUGCCUCUUCCUAUUCUCAUGAUGUCUUCAUUUAUCAUGGUAUCUCUUUCCUUGCUCUCCCACUCUGCCCCUGUUCCAGCUUGAACCUCCCAUUUCCUUAUAUUCUCAUUCCCCAUGCUUUGCCCUCCAUUACCCCACCCCUACCCCCAAUUUGCUCAUGUAGAUCUCAUCUACUUUUCCUUUGCUGGGCUAUCUAUGUGUCCCUCCUAGGGUCUUCCUUGUUAGCUAGCUUCUCUGGAGCUGUGGGUUGUAGUCUGGUUUUCCUUUGCCUUACAUCUAGUAUCCACUUAUGAGUGAGUACAUACCAUGUUUGUCCUUCUGGGUCUGUGUUACCUCACUCAGGAUGAUAUUUUCUAGUUCCAUCCAUUUGCCUAGAAAUUUCAUGAUGUCAUUGUUUUUUAUUGUUGAGUAGUACUCCAUUGUGUAUAUGUGCCACAUUUUCUUUAUCCAUUCUUUGGUUAUUUUGGGCAUCUAGGUUGUUUCCAGGUUCUGGCUAUUAUGAAUAAUGCUGCUAUGAACAUAGUUGAGCAUGUGUCCUUGUGAUAAGAUUGAGCAUUCCUUGGGUAUAUGCCCAAGAAUGGUAUAGCUUGGUCCACAUACCUAUGGACAUCUGAUUUUUGACAAAGAAGCCAAAACUGUACAAUGGAAAAAAGAAAGCAUCUUCAACAAAUGGUGCUGGCAUAACUGAAUGUCAACAUGUAGAAGAUUGCAAAUAGAUCCAUAUCUGUCACCAUUCACAAAAUUCAAGUCCAAGUGGAUCAAAGACCUCAACAUAAAUCCAGUUACACUGAACUUGAUAGAAGGGAAAGUAGGAAGUAGUCUUGAAUGCAUUGGCAUGGGAGACCACUUCCUAAAUAUAACACCAGUAGCACAGACACUGAGGGCAACAAUUAAUAAAUGGGAACUCCUGAAACUGAGAAGCUUUUGUAGGGCAAAGGACAUGGUCAAUAAGACAAAGCAACAGCCGAAGAAUGGGAAAAGAUCUUCACCAACCCCACAUCUGACAGAGGGCUGAUAUCCAAAAUAUAUAAAGAACUCAAAAAGCUAGACAUGAAAAUACCGAACAAUCCAAUUAAAAAAAUGGGCUACAGAGCUUAACAGAGAAUUCUCAACAGAAGAAUCUCAAAUGGCUGAAAGACAUUUAAGGAAUUGCUCAACAUCCUUUGCAUCAGAAAUGCAAAUCAAAACAACUCUGAGAUACCAUCUUACACCUGUCAGAAUGGCUAAGGUCAAAAACACUGAAGACAGCUUAUGUUGCAGAGGAUGUGGAGCAAGAGGAACACUCCUCCACUGUUGGUGGGAAUGCAAACUUGUACAGCCACUCUGGAAAUCAGUAUGGCAGUUUCUCAGAAAAUUGGAAAUAAGUCUACUUGGUAGAAUAUUUUGGGGUCACUUAUGUAGACUACCAUAUCAUCUGUAAAUAGUGAAAGUUUGACUUCUUCCUUUGCAAUUUGUAUCCCCUUGAUCUUCUUUGGUUCUCUUCUUGUUCUAGCUAGAACUUUGAGUACUAUAUUGAAUAGACAUGAGGAAAGUGGACAGUGGGAUUGCUUUGAGUUUCUCUCCAUUUAAUUUGAUGUUGGCUGUCGACUUGCUCUAAAUUGCCUUUAUUAUGUUUAGGUAUGGUCCUUGUAUUCCUGAUCUCUCCAGGACCUUUUUCAUGAAAGGGGUGUUGGAUUUUGUCAAAGGCUUUUUCAGCAUCUAAUAAGAUGAUCAUGUGGUUUUUUUCUUUCAGUUUGUUUAUAUGAUAGAUUACAUUGACAGAUUUUUCAUAUGAUGAACCAUCCCUGCAUCUCUGGGAUGAAACCUACUUGAUCAUGAUGGAUGGUUUUUUUGAUGUGUUCUUGGAUUUGGUUUGCCAGUAUUUUAUUAUUUUUGCAUCAAUUUUUGUGAGGGAGAUUGGUCUGUAAUUCUCUUUGUUGCAUCUUUGUGUGGUUUGUGUAUAAGGAUAACUAUAGCCUCAUAGAAACAGUUGGGGAAUGUUCCUUCUGUUCCUAUUGUGUGGAACAAUUUGAGGAGUAUUGGUAUUAACACUUCUCUGAAAUUCUGGUAGAAUUCUGCACCGAAACCAUCUGUCCCUGGGCUUUUUUUUUUUUUUUUUUUGGUUUGGGAGUCUUUCAAUGACUGCUUCUGUUUCAGUAGCAGUUAUAGGUCUAUUUAAAUUGUUUAUCUGAUCUUGAUUUAAUUUGGGUAUAUGGUACCUAUCCAGAAAAUAAUCCAUUUCUUUUAGAUUUUCCAAUUUUGUGGAGUAAAGGUUUUUGAGGUAUGACCUGAUGAUUCUCUGGAUUUCCUCACUGUCAGUUGUUAAUGUCUCCCUUUUCAUUUCUGAUUUUGUCAAUUUGGAUAUUCACUCUCUGCCUUUUGGUUAGUUUGGAUAAGGGCUUGUCUAUAUUGUUGAUUUUCUCAAGGAACCAAACUUUGUUUCAUUGAUUCUUUAUAUUGUUCUCUUUGUGUCUAUUUUAUUGAUUUCAGCCCUGAAUUUGAUUAUUUCCUGGCAUCUACUCCACUUGGAUGAGCUUGUUUCUUUUUGUUCUAGAGCUUUCAGGUGUGCUGCUAAGUCGUCAGUGUGAAAUUUCUCCAACUUUUUUAUGUAGGCAUUUAGUGCUAUGAAUUUCCUCUUAGUACUGCUUUCAUAGUAUCCCUAAGUUUGGGUAUAUUGUACAUUCAUUUUCAUUGAAUUCCAGGAAGUUUUAAUUUCUUUAUUUCUUCCUUGUCUCAGUGGUGAUUCAGUUGAGCAUUGCUCAGUUUCCAUGAGUUUGUAGGCUUUUUGUAAUUUGUAUUGUUGUUGAAUUCUAACUUUAAGGCAUGGUGGUCUCAUAAAAUACAGGAGGCUAUUCCAUUUUUUUUUUUUUAGCUGUUGAGAUUUGCUUUGUGACUGAGUAUGUGGUCAAUAGAGAAGGUUCCAUGGGGUGCUGAGAAGAAGAUAUAUUCUGUUGUGUUUGGGUGGAAUGUUUUGUAGAUGUCUAUUAAGUCCAUUUGAGUCAUAAUGUCUAUCAGUUCCCUUAUUUCUCUGUUACGUUUCUCUUUGGCAGACCUGUCCAUUGGUGAGAGUGGGGAGUUAAGUCUCCCACUAUUAGUGUGUGGGGUUUGAUGCAUGAUUUAAGCUUUAGUAAUGUUUCUUUUACAAAUGUGGGUGCCCUUGUAUUUGGAACGUAAAUGUUCAGAAUAAAUGUUCAGACUUCAUCUUGAUGGAUUUUUCCUGUGAUGAAUAUGUAAUGUCCUUCUUGAUAUCUUUUGAUUAAUUUUUGUUUGAAGUCUAUUUUGUUAGAUAUUAGUAUAGCUACACCAGCUUGCAUCUUAAGUCCAUUUGACUGGAAAGACUUCCCAGCUCUUUACUCUGAGGUAAUGUUUGUCUUUGAAGUUGAGGUGUGUUUCUUGUAUUCAGUAGAAAGACAGAUUCUGUUUUCUUAUCUAUCCUGUUAGCCUGUGUCUUUUUAGUGCAUUGAUAUUAAGGGAUAUUAAUGACCAGCGAUUGUUAAUUCCUGUUAUUUUUUGGUGGCAGUGUUGUGUGUUUCUCUUCUUUGGGAUUUGUUAGUAUUGGAUUAUCUAUUGCCUGUGUUUUCAUGGGUGCAUCUUACUUCCUUGGGUUGGAUUUUUUCCUUCUAGUGCUUUCUGUGGGGCUGGAUUUGUGGAUAGGUAUUGUUUAAAUCUGGUUUUAUCAUGGAAUAUUUUUUUCUACUCUGUCUAUAGUGAUUGGGAAUUUUGCUGUGUAUAAUAGUCUGGGCUGGCAUCCAUGGUCUCUUAGUGUCUGAAUCAUGUCUGUUCAGGACCUUUUGGCUUUCAGAGUCUCCACUGAAGUCAGGUGUUAUUCUGCCUUUAAAUGUUACUUGGCCUUUUCCCUUUGCUGCUCUUAGUAUUUUUCUUUAUUCUGUAUGUUUAGUGGUUUGAUUAUUAUGUGGCAAGGGGGCCUUCAUUUUUUUUUUUGUCCAGUCUAUUUGCUGUUCUGUAACCUUCUUGUAUCUUCAUAGGGAUUUCCUUCUUUAGGUUGGGAAAGAUUUUUUUUUUUGAGACAGGGUUUCUCUGUGUUUGUGCCUUUCCUGGAACUCACUUGGUAGUCCAGGCUGGCCUCGAACUCACAGAGAUCCACCUGGCUCUGCCUCCCAAGUGCUGGGCUUAAAGGCGUGUGCCACCACCACCCAGCUGGGAAAGUUUUCUUAUAUGAUUUUGUUGAAUAUAUUUUCUGUGCCUUUGAGUUGAUAUUCUUCUCCUUCUUCUAUCCCUAUUAUUCUUAGGUUUGACUUUUUUUAUGGUGUCCCAAAUUUCCUGGAUGUUUUGUGUUAUGACUUUUUUGGCUUUAGUGUUUUCUUUGACUGAUGAAUCUAUUUCCUCUAUUGUAUCCUCUACACCAGAGAUUCUUUCUUCAAUCUCUUGUAUUCUGUUAGUUAUGCUUGCAUCCGUAGUUCCUGUUCAUUUGCUCAGAUUUUCUAUUUCCAGCAUUCCCUCAGUUUGUGUCUUUUUCAUUGUUUCUAUUUCAAUUUUUAGGUCUUGAACUGUUUCCUUCACCUGUUUAAUUGCUUUUUCUUGGUUUUCUUGGCUUUUUUAAAACAAAGAUUUAUUGAUUUUUUCAAUUUUUUGUUUGUCUUUUCCUCAAUUUCUUUAAGGGAAUUUUUCAUUUCCCCUUUAAAGGUCUUUAUCAGCUUCUUAAAGUCAUUUUAAAGGUUGUUUUCCUUUGCUUCUUCUAUGUUGGGAUGUUCAGGUCUUGCAGAUGUAGAACAACUAGCUUCUGGUGGUGCCAUAUUGCUCUUUAUGUUGUUGAAUGUAUUCUUGCACUGGCAAGUACCCAUCUCUCCCUCCAAUUGGUGCAAAUGGUAUCUGUGCCUCAGGGAGUCACUUUUGGUCCAAUCAGAACUCUGUGUUCAAUGCUGGAAGGCUCUGUGUUUGCAGGGAGCACCUGCAGCCUCUUGGUCCAAUUGGAGCUGGCAGAGUCUACUUCUCAGGGAGCAAUUUUGGUCUUGGAGGAUGGGUGGGUUUGGGGGGUGGAUUGGGGAUUAUAGGUUACAGGGUCCAGUGUGGAGGGGUGGUCAGGCCUGCCUGCGGGAGUCCUUCCUGCUGGCCUGCAACUGGGGAUGCAAUGGGUGGGGUAUAGGGGCACUGGUUUUGCCUCUUCAUAGGUUCAAUUUAAAAUUACAUUUUGAAGGCCGGGCGGUGGUGGCGCACGCCUUUAAUCCCAGCACUCGGGAGGCAGAGCCAGGUGGAUCUCUGUGAGUUCGUGGCCAGCCUGGUCUCCAAAGCGAGUUCCAGGAAAGGCGCAAAGCUACACAGAGAAACCCUGUCUCGAAAAACCAAAAAAAGAAAAAAAAUUACAUUUUGAGAUUGUGAUUUUAUCAUUUCUCCCUUCCCUUUCCAUCCUUCCAACCUUACCAUUUUUUUUAAAAUCUUCUACAUCUUCUUGCUUUACUGCAACUAGUGAAACAUUGAAAACAAUAGAUACAGUAAGACAGUUUAUCACAGACUUUGCCCCAAACUCAAGGGAAACAAUUUCAGUGUAUCAUAGGUAGGCAUCAUAGUUACUCUCGGCUUUUGUAGACAACUUUUUAUCAGAGAAAAAAGUAUUUCUAUUCUCUGCUUGCUAAGAAUGUUAUAAAAAGACACUGUAGACUUGAUCAACAUAGAUUCUUUCAUGAAUCUUUAUUUUCUUGGUGUUACUCCUUUAAUAAGUUAAUGUGUUGCAUAAUGUUCAGUUUCUCUAUUGGGACAUGACUGACUGUUUAAACAUAUCAUUUGGCUACUAGAAAAUAAACUGCUCUGGUUAAAUUAAGGACAUGUUGUUCCAUGAUCUGGUUUGUAAAAGUGAUCUUCACUGACAUUGAGGCAUAUUAGAAAGACUGGGGCAAUUCUGGAGACAUCUGAAGGAAAAUGAGUCACUUAUCACAGAGUGGUUGAAGCCUCUCAGAGAUAGCUGAGAACCAAAAAUUUCAACACAAUGAAUAGUGUCUGAUUUGGAGCUUUCUCUGCUCUCAGAUGCAAACCUUCAGUUUUCUAGAAAUCUAACCAGAAUGUCCUUGUACAAUGUCAGUGGCUCCUGGUUUUAUUAUAUCACAUUCUAAGCCCACCCAGGGUAUCUUUCGAGACACCUCAUACUCUCACUUGUCAGAGCUAAGGCAGAAAAAAAACCACAAGAAAACAAAAAACCAAGAGGCUUCUUAACACCUCUUUGAGAUGUAGCUCAAGGGCAAUGAAAAUGGCAUAAAUGCUAAUGCUAAGACAAUUGUGAUUUCCCAUGAGAAGCCCCUACGAAACUUGAGUAUGUUUUAUUCUUUCCCUGAGUGCUUUUGUAAUUUAGUAAACCACCAACUGUAGUUCUGAAAUUCUUUUCUCCAUCAAAGCCACUAAUCCCAGGACUGUCUAAAUGUAGAGCCCAGAAGGCAAAGGAAACUCCUCACAUAGCAGGAAGUGACAGUGUGUGUGGAGCAGGGUGUCUUGUCUUCUUAUUCCUGACAAUGCCUGAGAUAUUGAUUAGUUUCCUCAUCAUAGUGAUUACCCUUGGUAACUCUGAAACCCUAGCCUCUUGAUUUCAUUUGAUGACUUCCAAGUGUUUCCAUCUCUUGAUGUUCUUUAGGAUCCUUGGAGAUCACUUUUAGCAGUACCAAGUAUGUACUAAUGACUCCUCAGUUGACUCAGACAAAUUCCUUUUCUGAAAGGUAGUAACAGGUACCUAAGUGCGUAUUCUAGAUUUCCAUGUAGAUGGCUUACUGAGAUGUGAAUGCUUACACCAGACCUCACCAUCCUGUACCUUUUCUUCUUUCUCUUACUACUUUUUUUUUCUCUCUCAAAGAUGCUCCUUAUUUCAUGAUUUGUUGGGAUAGGAAAACGCCAUGGCUUCAGGAACACAAGAAGAAGCCCGAGCACCAUGGCUGGUUCUGCCACUAAUCCUGCAUCUGUUAUUAAGUUUCAUUGAUUCUUCCUUCAGAAGCUGUCGCCACUAUGAGUUCUGUCUCUAGAUGUGAAUCUGGCCCAAACUAUUAUUCUCCUUUUAAAAAGUGGAACUACUUCUUUAUUUUCAUUUAGCCUUGCUCUAAUACAUUUCCCCUCCACCCUGUGUUUGUAUCCCUUCUUUCCUUUUAAAAAUCUCACCUAAAACAAUGUCCUAGCUGUCAUUUAAGGAUAAACCUAUACUGUCAUACCUCAGGCCAAAACAAACACAAUAUGUAAAAUGGUAAAGAGCAAAACCUGGGAGUUUACUUGUGAACACCACUUAGAGAUAUCUGAGAAACAUUUGAAGGAAACUACAGCGAAUUAUCAGUUACAAGGCUUUACUCUUAGAAAAGUAGUUUCAUUUGGAUAUCUCCAAGAUCAAAAUGCCUUGUCUCUCUUAUUUCCUCUAGAAGGAUGCUUGCAGUUUGUAAUGACUUUUUCUGUGUUUAUACAUUUUAAAUUACAUUUUUAUACAGUACAUUCUCUCAUUCUUUCUGUUGUCACUACUCUAUGUGUUUCUUAAUGCUUUCUUUUUUAAAAGUUGCUUUUCUAAAAUGUCAAACACAUAGCAAAUAGCAACACAAGUUUAUGGAAUCCAUAACCAAAUUAUUUAGAACUCUUUUAGUGCCUUCUUUGAAUAAUAUCAAAGAUAUCUAGCUCCAGAGAGUGUAUUUCAGAUGAGGAGAGCAUUACACAAAUAAGUGGGAAAAAAUCUGAUUCAAAUUUGUAUUUUAAUAUAUUUGACUUUAACCUUUCAAACAUUACUUCAGGGGGAAAUUUAAGGCCACACCAGCGAUUAUGUGGGCAUAGAAACUGUUUGGAUUAGAAUUUAAUAAUUCUUUUAAAAAACUUUAGAAUAAAAAUAUGAGACUGUAUUCAUAAACAGAUCUUUAUGGAUUGAGUGGGAUUAAAGUCAAAUAAGAUGAAAUACCCAGAAUUUAGAAUUUUCUCAAGUAUGUGUGAAGUGCUAUCCAAUGGAAGGAAGUUCUGAUCAAAGCUGAAAUUAUAAUAAAAAGAAAGAAGAUGAAUAUGUAAAAGGAUGAUGUUCUGUGGAAGUUUCAUUGAGAACUGAUCACCAAGGCAAAGUGGUAGAAGGGUGGAUCCCUUUUUUCUGUAAGACCUCUUACCAGAUUGGAUCAAUGUAUAUGAUAUUGGUAACAGCAGGAUUUACCACUGGAAUGCUGGGGAAUAUGUUUAUUGGACUGGUGAACUGCUUUGACUGGGUCAAGAACCAGAAAAUCACGUUCAUCAACUUCAUCAUAUGUUUGGCAGCUUCCAGAAUCAGCUGUCUGACUGUAGUAUUUAUUGAUGCAACCUUACUAGAACUAGCCCCUCAUUUCUAUGAUUCUUAUGUUCAAGUAAAAUGCUCCGAUAUAUUCUGGGUUGUGACUGAUCAACUGUCUACAUGGUUUGCCACCUACCUCAGCAUUUUCUACUUCCUCAAAAUUGCCCACUUCUCCCAUCCCCCUUUCCUCUGGUUGAAGUGGAGAAUGAGAAGCGGUUCGGUUGUUGUUUUUCUUGUAUUUUCUAUGUGCUUACUGAUUUUUUAUUUUCUACUGCUUGAAACACUUCCUAUUUUGAGGUAUAAGAACAUGAUCUCUAAAAGCAAUCUGACUUUAUUUUCAGAUACAAGUAAGACUAUUGUUGUUCAAAAGUUAAUUGUUUUUGACCUGAUGUACUUGGUCCCAUUUCUUGUGUCCCUAGUAUCAUUGUUCCUUUUAUUUUUGUCCUUGGUGAACCACGCCAGAAACCUCAACCUCAUUUCUACCAGCUCUGAAGAUUCCCACAAGCUGGCCAUGAAAAUGCUGUUGUCUUUCCUCAUUCUCUUUAUAAUUCACAGUUUUUUCAUGCAGGUGGCACGUUGGUUAUUUUUUUAUUUUCCAUCAAACAGGUCAAUUAAGUUUGUUCUGUUAACAUUAAUUAUCUUUCCUUUAAGUCACUCAUUUAUUCUGAUCCUGGGAAAUAGUAAGCUUCAGCAGACAGCAAUGAGGGCCCUUCAACAUUUUAAAAGCCAACUGCAAGAGAUGAUCCUCUCCCUUCACAGAUUCUCCCAAGUCUUUACUAAGUGAAUAACUUAAUGAGGAGCCUUGGAAGGUCACUGUUCUUCUGCUGGGGUCUUUUAAGUACUGCUAAACAUAUAUGAAUAGUUCCUUGAACAUACUGCAUUUUGUGACAAUUUGCACACAGUCAGGCUAUAAAACACAAACCUAUCUUUUUUGUUGUCUGUUUACAGCAUUGGUAAUAAAAACUAAUAGUCUCAAACAUUUUAAAGGAAAUCAAAUAGUUAAUUUUACAGGCAAAAGGUAUGUAAUUAUAAUUCACAGGGAAGGUUCAUAAUAUCCAGGUAACUUGUAAACCCGAACAGGCAGAAGAUGGGCAAAAUGUUGAUAAGAGAUUAAGAAAACCUAAAGAGAAAAAACAUCAUCUCACAGCUUAAAUUAUUUUAAAAAGCUUUCCUUUUGUUUUUCAGAUUUAUUUAUGUGUAUGAGUAUUUUGUCUGCAUGCAUGUCUGUGUCUGGUGUCCACAUAGGUCAGAAGAUGGUAUCUGAAUUCCCUGGAACUAGAGUUACAGGUCAUUGUGAGUGACUAUAUGGGUCCCGGGAACUAAACCUAGGUCCUCUGCCAGAGAAGUGCUCUUAAUUGCUGAGCCAUCUUUCCAGCUCCCACAGCUUAAAUUCUUAAGUGUUAUUUUCCUUUUGAUAUAGGAACUUAAUGGCCUGGAACUUGCUAUGUAGACCAGGCUGGCUUUGAUCUCAUAGAGAUCCACCUGCCUUACACAUUCUAGAAUUGAAGUCUUGCACCACCAUGUCUCACUUCUCAUUUUUCUUAAACGAAAAGACAAGUAUAUCUUUGUUAUUAAAUCAUUUGUUGAUACUUAAGGAAUAAGAUGCUCCUACGAAAAUAGGGAUGACCUUAUGUUUACAGUGGGAAACAUUAAUCUUAAUGUGAAUUCCCAAGUUAUAAAUAUUUUUGCUGUUUCUACAAACUUGCUAAUUUUUCUAAAUUCUAGAGCAGCAUAUACACUGGCAGUAUGUUCACAGUGGCAGAAGUCAGUAUGUCUAUCAUGUUAUGGUCUUGUUAUGGUCUAUCUAAAAAUAAAUUAACCUUUACUUCAGAAUCACAUUUAUGUUGCUACUACAAGGUAACAUGUCCUGAGAAUGAAAUGUAUUUGUGUACACACUUCAUUGCAAUCUGAUUACCAGAGUUCUUAGCACAAGACACCGAUAUUAUAUGAAGAGAGAAGAUGAAGAAGGCAAAGUUUAUAAUAAAUGGCAAGUUUAAAGGGUACUGCGGAUGUGUAGAUGUAUUUAUAAUGCUGCAAUUUAAGUGUAGAAACAAUAGCUGUAAACUCCAAACAAGACAGUGGGGGAAAUUUCCUGUAACAUUUUCACUGUGACAGUAGGAAUUAUAACAUUAUACAGAUAAGACAUUACACACAGUAUACUUUUGUUUAGUCUAUAUAGUCUUAAGGUAAAACAACAAGCUGCAAUGAAAUGAUGAUACACACGUCAGUUUGGCUUGGUGGAGUUAUCAAAAAGGUAAUGGUAGAACUAUUCACAUUUUCCACCCAACUACAUCUGAGCUGUGUAGUUCUUCUAUAUAUAGGUGAUAAGAAUGAUGAUGAUUGCUUUAAUAAUAUAUAGGUGAUAAGAAUGAUGACGAUUGCUUUAAUAAUAAUAUAGCACAUAUUUAUUGGUAAUCUGUACUUUAUAAAACAUGUUAUUUCAUGAAUUAUAUUUUAAUUAUCUUGCCUUGGAAAACGUAAUGUGCAAAUUCAGUUGAGUGCAGGUUAGCCUUAGAUGUUGACCUCAUUUUUAUUUUGAAGAAUUUAUUUUUAUUUUAUUUAGUAUUUAGUGUUACUGAAAUUUGGUAAUUAAGAGAAGCUAAUUAAGUACACUUGUGAGCAACUUUUGAUUCUAAUGAAAUGGUUUUUGGGGUAAGUGAGCUAACGUAUAGCUAGCAGUCACCUACACUUAAGCAAACUUUAGGAGAGAGGAGAAUAAAGAACAGGUCUUGUUCCUGACAAUAGAAGAAUGGCAAAAUACUAGUAAAUGAAUCCCAGGUCAUAGGCUAUGUCAUUGCAAUGAAUGGUUUGUUAUCCACAUGUUUGAAUGGCAAGUGAGCUCUAGCCCUGUGCCUCCUCUAUCUCCAUCUGUCACCUUCCUGACAGCCUCAGCAGCAUCAGACCCUCUGUCAAUAUAUGUAACCCCAGGCCAAUGCAUGCAACCUGGAAUGAUUGACCAAAAUGUUGGGGAAUAGAGGGAAAUCAUUACUUAUUUUUUACUACUAACCUCUUACCUGACAAAUAAAUGUUCAUUUUGAGAUUUUUUUUGUGAUGAUUUCUUCUUUCCAUCCACAGAGUUAGGCAGUUGACAGGAGAAGAAUACCUUGAGUAUGCUGAUGGAAUUGGGUAUACUCUGAUACCAAGUUCUAAAGGUAUCAGGGACACAAAGGCAUGUUUUCUUGAGCAUUUCUGGAUACAUAUACCAGAUAAAAACCUGUAUCUGUACUGACGUCUAAGAAUGGUUUACAGAUUUGUUUCAAGUAAGUCAUGAGCUACUUUUUAGGUGACUUUUCCUUGCAAAACCUCACUAGACCCUUUUAACGGUUGUUGACAUUAUGACAAAGGCCUUCCAAAUUCUCCCAUUUUUAGACAACAGGUAAUAUGUUGUCCAUGUAUUUCUUAAGAAUAAUAUUCACAAGAAAAAUUAUCUGAAAUUUUGUUAAAUGCAUUUGAGAAACACACAAGCAAUCCUUUUUGACUCCUUAUACACCAAAUCUCAUUUUACAGUUUUUCUCUCUCUCUCUGUGAGUGUGUGUGUAUUAUGACAAAACUAAUGUAUUAUCUGAGACUAAGAAGAUGCCUAGUUGUUCUCAUUCUAACCCUAAACUCCCUGCCAUUGGGGAGCGGGCACUGUUGGCCACUGAGAACAUUGGGAGUCUUAAAGAUGUGUGCUGAGGUGUUGAGGGAGACAGAAAGGGGCAACCAUGAAGUUCAUCAAACCACUUUACUGGAAUAUCACACACGGGGAGAGAGAGAGAGAGAGAGAGAGAGAGAGAGAGAGAGAGAGAGAGAGAGAGAGAGAGAGAGAGAGAGAGAGAGAGACCGAGCGCUAGGAGUGAUUUAAAAGGCUGUGUAAUUCAAAUGGAAUAUUGAGAUGUGUGAGAAAAGGUGAUAAGAUCAUUCACAGAUGAAGUAGUUCUUUGUUACAUUUUUUUUAACUUCCCAUUAUGUUUUGUAUUAAUUAGGUCAGAGUGGAUUUCCACAAGUGCUUUAUCACUAUUCCUUGGUGAGAAUGCUAUUUGUUUUUUAGCUCAGUACAUCAUGAAGUCAAUGAUCAUCUGUUUUCUGAUUUUUAAUUUGCCUGCAUGUGUGUAUGUGCAACAUGUGUAUUCCUGGUCCUCUGGAGGCUAGAAGAGGGUUAUCAGAUCCACCGCAACUGGGGUUACAGAUUGUUGUAAACCACUAUGUGAUACUGAGAUCAGAACCUGAGUCCUCUAUAAGAGUAGCAAGUGCUCUUAACAGCUGAGCCAUCUCUCCAGCCAAGUUUUCUGAUUUUAACUAUAGCUAUCAUUAGAUGCUUAGACUAAUUAUUUUGACUGCAACUAUAGGAUAAAGAUUAAUCAAGUUACCUUUACAAACAUUUUAUAAUAAUACACAUUAUACUUAGAUAUAUAGUAACAAUUUCUCCAUCAUACAUAGCUCAACCAUUUGAUAUUUUAAAGUAUAAAAGGUAGUUCAUCACAGGAUUAUAAAUAAUAUCUGUAGUUAUAUAGACUUUUAAAAAAAUGUAAAUAUUCACUUGGAUUUUUAUUUACUCAGCAUAUGAUAGACAUGAUUUUAUAAUUCUCAAUGUUUUCUUCAUAGAGUUCAUCUUUAAUGUAAUUAUGAACAUAAAUGUUUUUCAGUUUUUCACCGGACUUGUUUUCUUAUUUUUUAGAAAAAAUUAAAUCUCAUGUUUUGGUCACUUUUAAACCAUGCCUUCAAAUGAUGACUCUUUUUCUGGUGGCCUUCAGAGUAUUUCUAAAGCAUCAGUAACUUCUAGGUCUCUUAAUUUCCAUACCAUGAAAUCUAGGCUUGUCUUGCCCUUUCCAAAUCCUGGAACUAGAAUAAUUCUAUGCAUGUAGGCCUGACAGGUUCUGUGAGGCAUUCAUCAAUAAACUCUCAGAAUUUUGGCAGUGUACUCCACAUUAAUGAAAUAAAAAUGUCUUGAGGAAGUUCACAGGAAAUGCAUAUUGAGAUGGGUUCUUAUCAUGUGGCUCAGGGUAGCCCAAUAUUCACUAAAUAAUUUCAGCUGGGCUCAAACUCAUAAUCUUGACUCAGCCUCUUGAGUAUUAGAAUUACAGGUAUAUAAUGCCAUGCCUAAUAUUUUUUUCUAAAGCUCUCAACUUAAUUACAGUGUAGAGUCAAGACAGAAGCUGAUUAUAUUAGAAUUAUAAAAUAAUACAAUCUAUUUUUAUAAUUAGCUUUUAUGAUAACAAGAUCAAAAUGAAUAAAAAGAAUAUCACUGUUAUUCUCCACCUCAACUUGACAGAUAAGUUUAAAAAAAUCAUCAUGGACGAGAAGGAAAGAAUAUAAAAGGUAGGAUGAGGAAGAAUACAAACUUUUAGGUAUCACAUGGUAUAGCAGGAAUCUUGGAAGGUCUUAUUAAUAAAAAUCAAACCUGAGGCCAGUUAUUGGGGUGAACACUGGAAGAUCAGAGAGACAGAACAAGCCACAGCUAACUUCACCUGGCCAACUUAUCAGCUGAUCUUGUUUCCUCAGACUGGAAGCCUCUGUGUCCUUAUAUCCGAAUGGCUCUCAGCUGAACUGUACUUCUUAAAACCUAAAGGUUAACUAGCCAAAUGCUUCUAGUUUCUGGUUCUCACACCUUAUAUACCUUUCUGCUUUCUACCACGACUCCCUGGGAUUAAAAGCUCACUUUCUGGGAUUAAAGGCAUGUGUCACCAUGCCUGGCUGUUUCCAAUGUGGCCUUGAACUCAGAGAGGGAUUUCUACCUCUGGGAUGCUAGGAUUAAAGGUGUGAGUGCCACCAUUUUCUAGCCUUUGUAUUUAGUGGCUGUUCUGUCUCUGACCCCAGAUAAGUUUAUUAGGGUGUACAAUAUUUUGGGGAACACAAUACCACCACAACAUGGCUAUUGCACAUAUGAGCUACGAUUAAUUACAUUAGACUAGCACAAGAUCGAGCCAGUUCAAAGAUUCCAUCAUGGAAUAAAGAGGGAAUCCUAAGGCCCACUCCCCAGCUCAGGAGCUAUAGGCAGAUAGCUAUGGUCACUUUUCUUAUGAAUGUGGAUGAAUGACCCAACAUCCAUGAAUAUAUAGGUAACAUGAAUUGGACUCAGUGGAUUUAAAAAAAAUAAAUAAAAGGAGGAUAUCAAGUAGGAAGAUCUAGGAGGCAGCUAAAGGUUCAACACUGAGUACAACUCUUCAGGCACUGUCCACCUUAUUGUUAAAGACAGUGACUUUCCAUGUUCUGGAACUUGCCAAGUAGGCUAGGCUGGCUGGCUAGAGAGCCCCAAGGAUCCAUUUCCGCCUCUCCUUGGCACUGUAACUGCAAGCAUACUACCAAGCCUGGCUUACUUGUGAAGCUUCUGGGGAUCAAACUUAGGUCUUCAAGCUUUUACAGAAAGUACUUUACUGACUAAACUAUGUCUCCAGCUCUUUCUCUCUGGGGUCACUCUUAUCUGUCCUAUUACAGUUGGAUUUUUCUGAUACUUUAAAACAUCAGGUACAUUUCUUUAUCAAUUAAACACUGACUACUUUCCCUUCAAGCACUCAUUUGGAUUAAAAUUUUAGCAACAGAAAUCUUUGGCAUACAGCCUUGGGACUCCUGUGACAUUUAAAAUGUCACUUGGCAAGAGUAAAGCCUGUUGGCACAUGUCAGGGGAUCAUGAGUUCUCAGCUAGCCUGGGCUACACAGCAAAUUCCUGAGCAAUCCUGUUAAACAAAACAAAAUAAAAUCAAAGAAAAAGUAAAAAAAGAAAAAAAACAAAAUACAAUAACAAAAGUGAAGCCUUUAGGUUCACAGGCUUUUCUAGAAUUAGAGUAAUGAAGAGAUACUGAAUUUUCUUCUAAAAUUUUGUUUAUCACUGGAUUCUUCUGCUUUUGUUUUUUUUGGGGCAGAUUUUUCAUCAUGUGGCCCAGGCUGUCCUUGAACACAUGAUGUCUCAACUCAACCUCUUGAGUACUGGGAUAACAGAUGUGGUCCAUUAUGACCGGCUCUCACUGGAUCCUUUCAGUUAUCUUUGAGCACCAUGAGAUUUUCCUAGA